AUGACGGAACGACGAGCGGGAGCAUUGCCAUUAGUGAAUUUAGCUCGGCUCAGGUGCUUGCAGAACUCUCAUCUAAUUAACGAUAUAGGAUGCACUCCAUACCAUCUCAUUGAGCCUAUACUUAAGAAAAAAACUGCCAAAUCACUUCACAUCAUCGAAGAGCACUCUCCUCAAAUCCUUCCUUACUCGGAUCCACUUUGGAGAUCUCUUAUACAAAGGGAUUUCUUUGAUAGACCUCUUGAGCAGUAUCAGGUGAAGAAUGGUAAGAGAUCCAGCGUCCCUGCAAGAGAUCUCUACGAAAAGUACGCAGAAGAGAGAGAGUUACAACGGAAACAGGCUACAAUGACCUUUAAGCAGCUUACAAGAACUUUAAACAUGCGCAAAAAUAAGCGUAAAGUGAAAACCCUCGAUCACGUGAUUCAUUCUUCUCGAGGACCUCGCGGGACUUUACAAUUACAGCAUUCUCAGCAGCACUCUUCUGUUUUCAAGAGUUCGCUAUUGGAAAAGGCUCGGCAUCAGAAUAAGAUUCGGAGUCAGUUUUUAUCUGAAGGAAAAAGAGUAUCAAAUCUAUCGAUAAAAACGAAGCAACCUCAAAUAACGACGGGUGACAAAAUUGUUAGAUCACGUGCCUCGUCGCAUGUGCCGUCUUUAUUAUCAUAUCCUAAGAUGGUGACCAAGCAAGGCUUUAUCAGGACUCCCCGUGUAAUGCUGAGUGCUAUAAGAGUAUCUUCUCCACCUGUUAAGCGUAGAAUCGAUAUUUCAACUAAGGGUAACUCGAAGCGCCCUAAACCUUCACCAGAGCUCGGCAGACAUACCAGUUCCAACGUAUAUAUUUAUGACGCCAAAUAG